AUGGCUGGUUCAAGAUUCUUCUGGGUCUUGGUUAUCCACAUUUGCUUGCUUCUGGGCUCUUCUUCUGCUGAUGACCCUUUUGUUAACUAUGAGUUUGUGGUCUCAUACAUUACUGCUUCUCCACUUGGUGUCCCCCAGCAGGUGAUUGCUAUCAAUGGCCAGUUUCCAGGCCCCACCAUCAACGUGACCACUAACAACAAUGUUGUUAUCAAUGUGAGGAACAGAUUAGACGAAGGCCUCUUGCUCCAUUGGUCUGGGAUACAGCAGAGGAGGUGUUCAUGGCAAGAUGGUGUUCUCGGCACAAAUUGUCCGAUUCCUUCCAGGUGGAACUGGACUUACCAAUUUCAGGUCAAGGACCAGAUUGGGAGUUUCUUUUAUUUCCCUUCCCUCCAUUUCCAGAGAGCAUCCGGAGGUUUCGGUUCCUUCAUCGUCAAUAACCGACCGAUUAUUCCUAUUCCUUUUGACACCCCUUAUGGGGAUAUCACGAUUCUAAUCGGAGAUUGGUACACCCAGAACCACACGGCAUUGAGGAGAAUCCUCGAUUCUGGGAGAGAUCUCGGCAUGCCGGAUGGGGUUCUGAUUAAUGGAAGAGGGCCGUUUAGGUAUAACGACACCCUUGUCCCCGCUGGCAUUGACCAUGAAACGAUCACAGUCCACCCAGGCAGGACUUACCGAAUUCGUGUAAGCAAUGUCGGGAUUUCUACUAGUCUCAACUUCAGGAUUCAAAACCACAACUUGCUUCUGGCAGAGUCAGAGGGCUCGUAUACCGUGCAGCAGAACUAUACGAGCUUAGACAUUCACGUUGGUCAAACUUACUCCUUCCUGGUGACCAUGGAUCAAAAUGCGAGCAGUGAUUACUACAUAGUUGCCAGUCCCAGGUUCGUGAACGAGACCACGUGGCAGAGAGUCACUGGUGUUGGCAUCUUACAUUAUACCAAUUCAAGAGGGCCCGCACACGGUCCUCUCCCGGAAGGACCGCAAGAUCAAUUUGAUAAGACUUUCUCGAUGAACCAGGCGAGAUCUAUCAGGUGGAAUGUGACCGCUAGUGGGGCCCGCCCGAAUCCUCAAGGCUCAUUCAGAUACGGCUCGAUCAACGUGACUGAGGUUUAUGUUCUGAGGAACAAACCCCCGGAGAUGGUUAAUGGGAGGCGGAGAACUACACUUAGCGGGAUUUCCUUUGUUAACCCUUCCACACCGAUCAGGCUCGCUGAUCAACAUAACGUGAGGGGAGUAUACAAGCUCGAUUUCCCGACCCGCCCCCUCACGGGCCAACCACGAAUGGAUACAUCGAUCAUCAACGGUACCUAUAAGGGAUUUAUGGAAAUCAUAUUGCAGAACAAUGAUACGAAGGUUCAAACUUAUCACAUGAGUGGUUAUGCCUUUUUUGUGGUCGGUAUGGACUAUGGUGAGUGGACGGAGAAUAGUAGAGGCACGUACAAUAAGUGGGAUGGGAUUGCUCGAAGUACAGCUCAGGUUUAUCCUGGAGCUUGGACUGCUAUCCUUAUCUCCCUGGACAAUGUCGGUGUUUGGAACCUGAGAACAGAAAACCUCGACUCGUGGUACCUUGGACAAGAAACCUAUGUGAGGGUUAUAAAUCCCGAGCCCAAUAACCAAACCGAGUUCCCAGCUCCAGAUAAUGUCUUAUUCUGUGGUGCACUAAACAGACUACAAAGGCCACAGGAUAUAUCUUUUGCCACGUCACUCAAGAGCAGCACGCAGAACCUAUUGUUCGGUUUCGUGCUCAUGUUGAUGUCAUUGCUGUUUUCUGCCUUCAAUUGA